UGGCCUGGUACACCAGCUGGUUUACUUAAUCGGGGCGACUAUGAUAUCGGUUUGCUGGGCCGGAGAGAGCCUUGCGACGUUCAUCAAGACUUUAAAGUUCUUGGAGCUAUUCGCGUCGAACAUGCUGGCCAUCACCAAUCUCGCCAUCUGCGUCAACCUCGCCCUCAUCGUCUUGUCUCGUCGACCGCAAUCUCACGUCAGAAGCAUCAGCACGCAUAAGCUAGUGCUCCUGUUCCUAGCCAUCUCGGCGGGACUCGCCGCCAUCGCCGUGCCCUUCUGGGGAUUGACGAACGGAAUUCUUGAAGAGCGAAUAGACCCAGCUCAUCACCAGUUCGUCAUGAUCUCCACCUUCAUGGUCGAGUUCCUCGUCGGCAUCUGCAUGUUCGUCAUUGUAUCGUGGCUGUUGCUGUUCCGGAUGACGGAGAUCAAGGAGUGCUGGAUGAUGCACGCCUGCCUCCGCUACUACUUCGGCCUGACUCUGCUCGGAACCGUCGGAAACUUGACCCUCGGCGUGUGCGGCACGAUCUACGUCAUCAGCGAUAUGGCAUGGCCGUUGCUCAUGAUCUUCAGCUGGGGUUUUCGCCAAGUCCGCAUUGCCCUCGACACGAUCGUCCUGCACAGCGUGCUGGCGACGAAGAGCGUCAACGAGCGCGCCGAGACGCCCCCGUCCGAUGACGCCUCCUCCGCCCCCCCUCCCGCGAGUCCUCAAGGGUCUCGGCGGCUCGGAGGGGCCCACCGCCGAUGACGGUGUCGUUUCGGGCAGACGAUGUCAUUUCGGGCAGGGGUUCUCCCUCCGAGAGCUGCCGGAAGACAUGUCAUAGGUUGUCGAUCAAUCGGGGCUUGAGGGCGAUGGCCGGGGUCAAGCGUGCAGAGCUCGAGAACCAAAGCCGCGACAUUCGCUCGACAGGAAGCGUGCCGGUUCGUCCUCGUUCUCGUUCGGGAGAACCUCCCGAUGAGCCCACCGUGUGGCUACGGAAUUGAUCUGGACGGCCUGGGGUCUCUUUUUUGGUCGGUCUGGUAAACGACGAGAGGAAAAGAGAGGUUCCUGAUUGGCUGGGAUUGGUGAAGGGAGUUUUGAAGGAACUGGAUCUACUGUGAGGUCGAAUUGUUCCUAUUGGUGGAGUUUUUUUUUUAUUCCAUCGUGCUUACGAACACGUGGUUUUCUCGAAAAGACGGCGGUCUUAGCCGAGUGAGUGUUGAAUGCGAUCAACGUUGGUUGCAUACCGUGUUGUGUGCGCCGAAGCAUUAGUUCCGUACGAAUACCUGACUGACUCAUCCGGCAAGCUUUUGGCGGUUCCGGAUGCUUCCGAAGUCAUGGCCGGGAAAAUCUUGUUCUGGGGGUGGGCGACCUGGCUUGUACUACGGUGCCUACCGUCGAUGCAUUGCCGCGAGGAGUGUACACCGGAAACUCCCCAACAUGUUUGAGUCUGGAGGUAUACAUGUAGACUAGUCUAGAGGGUAGCUCCAGACCUCACGCACCUUAUUUGCCACGGCGAGCUGCUUAGAUCGUGGCUGCAGAAGCCUUGUAAAUUGGCACCUGUGUCAGGGGGGCAUGCUGCGGUAGAACAGGUUGUUGAUAGGUUGGAUCAACUCUGGCAGAGAGAUGUAUAUAUGUAUUUACCUCGUACCAGGAGAUAAAGAGCGUGAGCGGCUAAAACAGGCGAGAGGGUUUAUCACGACUGUUGUGUGCCGACAGGUUUUCGGCUGCACCUAUUCGAUCGAUUUCAAUAAAGGUGUAAUUCAGAGGUGUGACCAUAGGGCCGGUAAAUGUUUUCUGGGGGGUCAGUGGUUUGAAGUUUGAGGUGAUCGGACACCCCGCACAGGGUCGGACCCUUAAUCUACAAAUUUGGUUCCCCGUCGAGCAUGUUGUUGUUAGAUGACCGCUGUAGGAGCAUUGGUUCACACGUGAUGACUGCUGAAGUUGUUCCAUGGAAAGCUCAGCAUGAUAGCGUUUCAUUUCAUUUGCGCUCUUCGCCCUUUUGAUGUUCGAUUAGGCGUGCAUGGUAACAGUUGAUGUUGAUGGGCCACGCUUUGGUGCAGGGUUGCGUAUGUGUUCGUGGGAGGGAUCAAAGUGAAGAAAUUGUCGACAAUACAUAACUUAUUUGUGUCUGGGUUUACGCGGGAGGUUCAACUCUUGAAGAUAGAUAUAUUUUGUUGUAUACGUAAGUCUGAAGCAGCCCGCUCACGGUAGAUGAUCUCCGUGUGCUUGAGUUCUCCCAAGGCCGAGGCGAGGGCGAGCAUUAACUGUUGCUUGAAAUGUGAGGAAGGCGUAUUUUGGCUAAGCGUCACCGCGAUCAGGGAUAUGCGAGCAAGCGGGGUUGGUGUGUUUGCUUCGCGUGGCUUGGAGUCGUCGGCAGGGCUUCCCUUUCCCUUCACUAUCGAUCUUACUCUGCGUCAGGGAACCUUGUUUGUUCCUUUCUUGUUGUAUUUCCAUAUUGGUUUGCUCCUUUGAGGUAGGUCAACUACAGUUGUAGCGCCAUACGUGUCUCCUGCUUUGCUUGAGAGAACAUGCCCCCUUUUGUCUGCUGUUGAUUUCUGCUGUUGUUUUUCAUGCUUGCUUGCUCCUUGGCGGCAUGUAGACCACGGUACAUAGCGCUUUUACGUGCCCCCUACAUGGUAUGAGAGUGUGUCCCCUGCUUUGCGUGAGUGAGAGAACUCUCUUCUCUGCUCCUUCUUCGUUGUUCUUUCAUGUUCUUUCAUGUUGUUCCUUUCCGGUAGUAUAUAGGCUAGCACUAUACGUGUCUCGUUGUAAAACCGGCAGCGGGGGACACCGUCCGACCUACUACGCGUCUGUGUCGAGUCCUUCCAUUGGGGUGAUUCCGUAUCUAUCCCCCGCUGCCACGGGUAGGUGGCUCGUGGGUCGAACAAUUAUUCUUAAGCUGGCAUGUACGCACGUGUUUUCGUGUUCGCAACCGACGACCUCUCUCGGGUUCGGCGGGAGCUUGAGACUGUUGUAUUUUCCGGCCUCUACGCAAACGUAGUUGCUUUCGUAGUACAGGCGGAAUAGUGUUGUUAUUGUGGAGGCUGGCACCCCAGGGUAUGUGGUAUCUCAGAAAACGCCACAGAUCUCCGCGUCAAUCCGUACAGUGUAUUGUCAACUUGUUGGCACGCUGCUGCUUCUGCACAUGAUGGUUUUUCCCGCCUGGGUGUUGGUUGUGAUGGAUCCGAGCUUCUCGUGUGCGUGUUGGGACCUCUUUGAAGUAAUACGACCAAAGCCGGGCACUCUUUCCUUCUUUUUUUUUGCCGUAUUUGUCUCUUCAUUUACUGCAAAGAAAGCCCGUUCUGACGGCUGUGGGGCGUUGAGUAGGACUGGUCGGCGAAACUACAACCGACUCAGAGAUUGAGAUCGAAUAUUCUGAUUUGCAAGAUUAUUUUGUGUAUGCAAUGCAUCUCUUUGAAGCAAUACGCAAACGAGGGGCUUCGCUGCCAAGUGAAGUUAUGGACUUCGUUUGCCUUUCGUCUCAACAGUCCUUGCCCUAAGGCCCAUGUUUAUGGUCACCAAAUCUUUGGGAAAAUGUCUAAAUUUUCAAACAUUUGCGGAUAAAGAUUUUGUUUCACUUUUUAUGGGAGGAAAUCUUCGGCGAAAUAUUCUCAAAGAUUUUGAAAUGGGGCAAAAGUCGCUCGUUUGACAAAAUGUUUGACAAACAUUUUGAGAUGGGGCAGGUCGCGGAAAUGUUUGGGCGGCGGAAAAGGCAAGUAGCGCCGCGUUUUCGGCACAUACGCCGCCAACACACACGAACACACCCCAUCAACACAAGAAGACACGAACACAUCUACACGCAC